AUGGAGGUAGGGCUUGCGCUGCAAGCCUUGUCGGCGCUGCUGUUUGCAGCUGGAUUGCACAGCCUGGUGGCCGGGCUGCCGGCGUCCAAGCCCGCAGCUCCAGCAGCACAGGGCAUGGCGCCCGCAACCAAGGCGCACACACCGCUAGGCCCGCCGCUGCGCAGCACGAUAGUGGGCUUGCCGGCAGCCGCCCGGGAGGCCAGCCCACCAGCCGCACCGGCCAGCAACAGCAGGGCCAGCCCCUAUGGCGGCCGCUUCAUCACCACGCCUGAGCAGCUGCUCCGCGUGCUGGAUGAGUUUGACGAGGGCACAGUUUCCCCAGCAGUAUUGCAGCAGCAGGCCGAGCCGGGCUUCGUCCCAGCCCCUUCGGUUGUUCGGCUGGGCUCCAGUUCGCCAUCCCUGGGCCCUGCGCCGGUGUACAGGCCCUCUGCGGUGCCCAAGGGCAAAGCAGCAGUACCGGUGGCCACUGACGGCAAAGUGGGGCCAUCCACACUGGAGAGCAAGCGAGCGGUGUUGGAGCGCUUGCACAUGAACGAACGCUCAAUUGAGCAUGGCAUGGAGCGGCUGCGGGAAUGGAUGGCCGCCAAGGUGCUGAAGCCUCUUGUGAAUGCUGUUGAUAACGCGCACACUAGUGUCAUCGAGACGGCGGCGCGCAUCGGGUGGCAGGGAGUGCAACUGCAGCCGUUGGAGGGCCAGGGCGGCCAGCAGCGCAAUCAUGCCGAUGAUGAGCUGGUGGUUGCCCAGAUGCGGGAGCAGCUGCUGGCGCGCAUGCGAUCGCUGGGCAGCCUGCAGCCUCCUGUGGAAGCCAAUGCUUGCCUGGAGGCCGUGAAUGCCUACCAGCGGCUAUCAGCGUUGUUGCGGGGCGAGUACCCGCCUGGAUUGCUGCCGCCCACACCGCAGGGCUACAUCGUGGCCCGCAUCUGCGAGCUGGCAGAGGGCAGCUGCCUGGCAGCAUUCGAGUGGAACCGGGGCGGCGAGUGGAAUGGCAAGCCCUGGAGCCCUGAGCUGCCCACCGACUCAGCACUGGUAUUCUACCUCUUUGCCGCCUUUUUGGCAGCGCCGCAGUGGCUCUUCCCACAGGUGGGCGUGCAGGGUGAUGCCACCGCCAUCAGCGGCCUCAGCGGCACGCUCUACCUAGGCAAGCUGCCUAGCAAGCCGGUGGAUGGAUAUGUGGGUUUGCUGCCAGCGCGUCCACCCGUGACUGGGCCCAAGGGCGCUGCCGUGGUGGGGCUGCAGCUGGGCACGCAGCAGCCACUCUUCUCGCUCGUUGUGGCGGGCGAGAACAUGUAUGCCGCCUCAGGCAGCACCGCGCUGCUGCAGGUCUCGCUGCCGCUGGUGUCCCUUGCUGGGGGGUCGCCCAGCAUUGCCACUGGGCCCCUCGCCGUGUGCAGAAGAUUGAUACCGCAGUACACCAGCUGUCGCCGCCUGUUCUGCCUUCUCAGCGGAUGGGAACAGCCCGGGGAGAUGGCGCACACCCGCUUUUGCCAGUGCUGCCCACAUGGCUGA